AUGAGGCAAACAAAUUCGCUUAAAUUAUUGAAUAACGCUGUUUCUCCAGCUAAAGUUUUGGUUUCACUCACAUCUAGUUCCAUUAGUCAUGUAAUGAGAACUACAAGGGGCAAAGAGAAAUUGCUUGCCUUAAUUCAAUAUUCAUCUGAACUCUUUAAACUCACUAUGAAAGAGUACUUAGAGCACGCAGGGAAACCAGAUAUCCCUACUCAUGUUCGAAAUGCUAUAGAAAUCGAAAAAUCAAUGAGAAAUGGAAGAAAGCUAAUGAGGGUUUUAAUGUUUGUUGACGAAAUCAAUAGUAUCGAGAAAGUUUGACAGUCCAGUGGCAAAUUUGAUUUCUUUAAAAUAGUUCGAAUUCUAAACCACUUUUCCAGUACAAUAUUUUAUUUGCUAGAUAAUUUAGUGUGAUGCUCGGAUAUUGGCAUUAUAAACAAAUACGUCACAAAAGCAACAUUGCAAUGGCGACAAACCAAGGAUAUGGCUUGUCUGGCUAAAUGCAUUUUACAAUCAACCAUCUGCGUGAUGACCGCUUUUAAAGCACGAAAAAAGAUCAUAUCUUCUCAAAAUAUCUUAAAAGAAAACUCAGAUGGAGUCGUAAAGAAUGGAGGAAUAUUCGUUGGCAUCAUUGAAGGAUUAUUGAUGGCGAAGAAAGAAUAUCGACUGAGUUUACUGAGUGUUUUUGUAAGCUUUUUAAGAUAUUUAAUGCUGACAAAAGCAUUGAAUUUGCCAGGAGCAAGCUAUAUGAGUCGGAUUUUCAUUUCCCUUUGCGGAAUAUUUUCAAUGUGUCUCAAUAUCUAUUGCCUGCUUAUUGGAGACUCGAUGAUAAGAACAGAUACACAGCAAAAUAGUCAUCGAUCUAAAUUGAAUGACUUAAACUAA